AUGGGUACUCUGCUUCCUCAAAUUGGUGUGAGAGGAUUCGUUGACAUGGGAAUACCCAAAGAGUCUACCGUGGAGGAUGUCAUUCUCAACCACCGCAGACGCAGGCACCGGCUCGCUAUUCUGAAUAUGGUAGAAGACGAAAUCGACUUUGUUCGGAGGAGAUAUCUGGUGGGAAAGGACGAUGAUCUCAGUUGGAGGACAGGCGCUACAGGUUAUAAAAGUAGCUUCCGGACGAGCUCAACGGUGGAACAGCUGAGGCAUAAAUCACCAAUUGUGCGGUGGGCAAAAAGUCUCUGGUUUAAACAUAACUCUCCGAAGUAUAGCUUCAUUGCUUGGUUGGCUAUGCAUAAUCGUCUUGCUAUGGAUGUGCGUAUGCAAGCUUGGAAUGCGAACAUAUCGUCAGCCUGCAUCUUCUGCAACGAUCCCAUGGAAACCCGCGAGCAUCUGUUUUUCUCCUGUAGGUUUUCGAUAAAAGUGUGGACUAAUUUAGCAAAGGGAAUCCUUCUCCGGAAUUUCACUGCGGAUUGGUCUACCAUUAUCAACCUUAUCUCUGAAUCUCAUCAGCAAAGCGUGAAGUGGUUCCUCAUCAGGUACCUAUUCCAAACUGUCCUCUAUACACUCUGGAGGGAACAAAACGAUCGACGACACGGAGGCAUACUAACAUCAGCCGCUCGUUUGAUAGUAGUCAUCGACAAGAGCAUUUGGAAUAGAUUCAGUUCCAUCCGCAACCUGGGAGAUCAUCGAUAUGAUGAUGGUCUGCAGCUAUGGUUCUCCACAAGACCAUCAAUUUGA